UUGGAGAGUCAUGGAAAACCAGCAAAUGCGUCAACGAUGCGUUAACCCUGACAGAUCCAGUAUAAAAGUGAAGAACAGUCGCUCCGGUACUCCAUUAGCCUGUUUUUCGAACAGACGUUCUAUCAGCUAUGAAGGUCCUGCUGUUGAUAUUUGUCCUGGAGUCUCUGCUGGUCUGCAUGCCGCGGACAGAAGCGUCCCAAAUUCCUAUGAAGCUGUGUGGCCGCGAUUUCCUGCGCGCCAUCGUCUACACGUGUGGUGGUUCCAGGUGGAGGAGGAGCCUGAACGAGAUCUUCACAAAGGACUCAGAGCUGGAGGACACACUGAGGUUCAGGAGGAGUGAGGACUCGGCAUUGCUGGAUCUCUGCUGCAGAGUGGGCUGCAGGAAAAGUGACCUGACGGUCAUGUGCUGAGAGAAACGCCGUCCCGCUGACCGCUUCGUUUCUGUCCAGCGACGUGUGGUGUUUUAUCAUGAGAGAAUGGAGAAAAGCUCACGGUCAUGCUGCAGUAAAAACCUGAGACACUUCACACUGCUCACCUUCAUUUCCUCAGACACACACACACACACACCACACACAUACUCCUGUUUUACUCUAGCUAGGCCAAGUCCUUCGUAUAUCAAUUAACAGACGAUUGGCAGAUUUACUAACCAUCAUAAUUCAAAACAGUUUUAUCAGGAUUGAUAAAUCGGAAAUAAUUUGUGAUAACCUCAUACUUCUGAGACUCCAAACCACUACCAGUGAAUCAAGGACAUAAUUAAAUGGUACAGAAGCCUGGAGAGGCUAUUAAAGUUAUUUUUUUUCUUGUGCUGUUUAAUUUAGUUACCAAAAACUAAACUGGAGUCAAGAAAUCAUCAUGUGUCAGACUUAGUUUCUUCAUUCACACUAAACUGGCUAUUUCAAGGUCUGGUAUUAAUUCUCCAUUAAUUUAUUUCUUAAUAAAG